GUCAACAAGGUUUCUGGAUCCACUAGGUCGCACGGUGGAAAGAUAAAAAAGUAAAUUUUACCUCUUCAUCAUCUUUCCUCUCUUUCCCUUCCUCAUGAAGUUUGCACUUGUUGCACUUGCCUCUCUGCUGAACCUUGCUUUAGCUCAGGUUCAGUCACCCGAUGGUACUUUCAAUGUAACCAAUCCUAUUAAAGGUGGUACAUUUGUUCAGGGCAAGGCACUUCCUGUUGUCUAUGAUCUCCUCGUCAACCCCAUUACCCUCCAAAUGAACGUAUACCUGGUUUACAGCGGAAGUGGAAAUGGUGCUCAAGUGACCAUUGCGCAAAACGCCGAUGUUACAGUAGAUGCAUCGUCACUACAAAACAAAAAUAACCAGAGUUACUGGGAGCAUUCCAUCAACUUUGCCAUUCCAACCACGAUUCCUCCCGGUACUUACAACGUUGUGUUUGAAGAUGUUACUUCUCACACCAACACCACCGUUCCCAUCACUAUCAACGCAGGCGCAAUGAGCGUCAUCAGCACUUCCAUGAUGAUGACUUCUACGGUUGCUUCCUCAUCAGCUGCAACCUCUAGCGCAUCUGCCGCUGCUUCAUCCACCUCUGCUCCUGCUGCCCAGUCCGCCUCCAAUCAACUUGGCUUCACGUGGAUCCCUACAGCCGCCUGCCUCGUUAUGGCUGCCGCACUCGCUCUCUGAACCGUUUAGGGAGUAGUAGUGUGCAGCAGCGUAGACUGUCAAGCCAUUAUAUAGUUGACGGCAACACAAAUCUAUACUAAUUCAAUCCGUAAUAAAAAUUCCAAAGCUGUUUGUGUUUCCAAAA